GUCAAAGGUUAGAGUUCAACCUGCCCGCCUUCUGGAGGCAGGAGAAACAAGAUGGCAGAUCAACAAGACAAACGGGACUUGUCUUAGUUAAUCUAACUUUUCCCACUGUUGAUUUCUACACAUUAAAAAUAUAUACAAUUAGCUAGACAAAGCAAUCUAGCUCCCACGCCCUUUUAUGGUUGAUAUAUCAGCUCCUUAAAGCGAGAUUUCACAGAUUAGCUGAUUGCUAACUGCCGUUAGACAGCUAAGCUAGGCUAGGCUAAGCUAGCUUGUUUCUGUCUGGUCGGAGCGGGGUUAGACUGCUAGGCUAGGCUAGCUUGUUUCUGUCUGGUCGGAGCGUAGUGAGACCUGCCAUCAUGCAGGACCUGAUAGCCACCGUGGACCACAUCAAGUUUGAUCUAGAGAUAGCUGUGGAGCAGCAGCUGGGGGCUCAGCCUCUCCCUUUCCCCGGGAUGGACAAGUCCGGGGCUGCUGUGUGUGAGUUCUUCAUGAGAGCAGCCUGUCUCAAAGGUGGUAUGUGUCCGUUCCGUCACAUCAGUGGGGAGAAGACGGUGGUGUGUAAACACUGGCUCAGAGGACUCUGUAAGAAGGGAGACCAGUGUGAGUUCCUCCACGAGUACGACAUGACCAAGAUGCCCGAGUGUUACUUCUACUCCAAGUUCGGAGAGUGCAGUAACAAGGAGUGUCCGUUCCUCCACAUCGACCCAGAGUCUAAGAUCAAAGACUGUCCCUGGUAUGACAGAGGCUUCUGCAAACAUGGUCCAGACUGUAGACAUCGCCACACCAGAAGAGUAAUCUGUAUGAACUACUUGGUUGGUUUCUGUCCAGAGGGACGGUCCUGUAAAUUCAUGCACCCGCGGUUUGAGCUGCCGAUGGGAGCCACAGAACAGCCUCCUCUACCAGCACAGAUACUGGGUCACCAGAAGCCGUUGCCUUCGCUUGGCCGCUCGUCCCUGUCACUCAUCCAGCUGACCAAUCCUGGGGGAGGUGCAGGUCCUCACCAGCAUCAACACCAUCAACGCCAGCCAUACUCCUCUGGUCCCAGCAUGCAUCAGCACCACAACAACAUGGGAGGAGGGAACAGGGGUCCACGCCCACUAGACCAGGUCACCUGCUACAAGUGUGGUGAGAAGGGCCACUAUGCCAAUAAAUGCACCAAAGGACAUCUGGCCUUCCUCAGUGGACAGUAACUCUCUCACAACCCCGUGGUUGGACUCAGUUCAGCUGGAAGACAGCGGAGAGCAGAGCACAACGUCUGUAGAUUGAGAUGCUAUUUUGAAAACUUCCAAGUCCUUCGCUGAGUCCCCAGGAACCCUGGACCUCUGGACAGACAGACAUGUUUCUAGAUUGGACAGACAGACAUGUUUCUAGAUUGGACAGACAGACAUGUUUCUAGAUCGGACAGACAGACCUGUUUCUAGAUCGGACGGACAGACAUGUUUCUAGAUUGGACGGACAGACCUGUUUCUAGAUCGGACGGACAGACAUGUUUCUAGAUCAGACAGACAUGUUUCUAGAUUGGACGGACAGACCUGUUUCUAGAUUGGAUGGACAGACCUGUUUCUAGAUUGGACGGACAGACCUGUUUCUAGAUUGGACGGACAGACCUGUUUCUAGACUGGACGGGCAGACCUGUUUCUAGAUUGGACGGACAGACCUGUUUCUAGACUGGACGGACAGACCUGUUUCUAGAUUGGACGGACAGACCUGUUUCUAGACUGGACAGACCUGUUUCUAGACUGGACUGACCGACAGACCUGUUUCUAGACUGGACUGACCGACAGACCGGUUUCUAGAUUGGACUGACCGACAGACCUGUUUCUAGACUGGACAGACAGACGGACCUGUUUCUAGACUGGACAGACAGACGGACCUGUUUCUAGACUGGACAGACAGACGGACCUGUUUCUAGAUUGGACAGACAGACGGACCUGUUUCUAGAUUGGACAGACAGACGGACCUGUUUCUAGAUUGGACAGACAGACGGACCUGUUUCUAGAUUGGACAGACAGACAGACCUGUUUCUAGACUGGACAGACAGACCUGUUUCUAGACUGGACAGACAGACCUGUUUCUAGAUUGGACGGACAGACAGACCUGUUUCUAGAUUGGACAGACAGACAGACCUGUUUCUAGACUGGACCGACAGACCGGUUUCUAGAUUGGACAGACAGACCUGUUUCUAGAUUGGACGGACAGACAGACCUGUUUCUAGAUUGGACAGACAGACUGGUUUCUAGAUUGGACAGACAGACAUGUUUCUAGAUUGGACAGACAGACAUGUUUCUAGAUCGGACAGACAGACAUGUUUCUAGACUGGACCGACAGACCGGUUUCUAGAUUGGACAGACAGACCUGUUUCUAGAUUGGACAGUGCUUCUGACGCUUUGAUCAAAUCCUUCUGUUGGAUUAACCUUUAUCCCCGAGACACUUUAGGGGACCCAAGCUGGGAUUGGUACUUCUAUCCAUACAAUUCUGUCAGAUAGCUUCAUGUGCUUCGGGGAGUGUAGAGGAAGCGUGUAACCGAGCCAACCGUGGGUUAUCUGAAGCCUUGAUUUGGGUCAUCCAUGGACUCAAACGUUGUUGAACGAUUCGAGGUUUCGAUCAACGUAUUGGAACGAUAUCCGAUCUUCUUGUAUGUGAGUGAAGAGACUAGUAUCCAUUCUAACCCAGGGUCUGAGCUGUUGUUCAUCCUGAAGACUCCAUUUUACUGGCUUCAGACUCAACCUUCAAUGAAUUGAAAUAGAACUCUUGAGCUGUGAUGUUGCUGUGUUGGAUCCUUUCACAGCCUUUUCCCCCCGGAGGAGGAGGUGAGAUCUGGUCGGACAGAUCUGUGUUGCCUUUUGUAGAUUACACACAAUUUCAGUAUGUUCUAGUUUUGUAAAAAGACAAUAAACCUGUCCAGGUCAGUCUCUUGUUCCUCCUGGUCUGUAAAAUACAGUAAACCUGUUCCUCCUGGUCUGUUAAAUACAAUAAACCUGUUCCUCCUGGUCUAGUCUGUUAAAUACAAUAAACCUGUUCCUCCUGGUCUAGUCUGUUAAAUACAAUAAACCUGUUCCUCCUGGUCUAGUCUGUUAAAUACAAUAAACCUGUUCCUCCUGGUCUAGUCUGUUAAAUACAAUAAACCUGUUCCUCCUGGUCUGGUCUGUUAAAUACAAUAAACCUGUUCCUCCUGGUCUAGUCUGUUAAAUACAAUAAACCUGUUCCUCCUGGUCUGGUCUGUUAAAUACAAUAAACCUGUUCCUCCUGGUCUAGUCUGUUAAAUACAAUAAACCUGUUCCUCCUG